AUGGGCCCCUGUACCGCCUCCUCAUGCUGCUGCCAGGCCCGUAAUCUGCCAUGGGCCCCCGUACCGACUCCUCAUGCUGCUGCCAGGCCCGUAAUCUGUCAUGGGCCCCUGUACCGCCUCCUCAUGCUGCUGCCAGGUCCAGAGUGUGUCAUGGGUCCCUGUACGGCCUCCCAUUGCUGCUGUCUCCAUCGCCACACUCUGCCAUGUGCCACUUUCAGGUCUCCUCACACUGCUGGUGGGUUCCAUUUUUUCAUAGGGUGCUGUAUGGCCUCCCAUUGCUGCUGCCUCCACCGCCACACUGUGGCUUCACACUCUGGUUUUGGCCCCGUGACUGCCCAAAUGAGUGAAGUGUGCGGUGAUUCUAAGGACGGCACUCAUCUGCAUGUCAUACUGACUGACAGUAUUAUUUCUCUUCCCCAGCAGACUCCAAGGGCAUUUAAAUUAAAGGUACAGUGUUCUGCACUAAUAUAA